AUGGUUGUUUCUGGGUAUUCCUCUGACAAGCCUGCUUCAGGACCGCCAGGGGUGAAAGCCCGGACGGUUCCGUCCUUGGCUGUGCCCGUGGGUUCGGUGCUGGGACAGCAUCGGCUGUGGUGGCUGUGCACAGAGGCUUCUGCCUUGGCUGACGAGUGUGGUGCAGUUGCAGUGGUUGUGUUGGUUGCUGGCCGUGGUUAUCCUGACUCGAUGCAGACCGAGAAUCUGCAGACGUGGAGCCUGGAAACCGAAGAUCGGGAACGUGUGCUGGAGUGGCUCGUGCUAGGCAUUGUUGGAAGCCCCAUCUACAAAGACGAAGGUGUCUGGAUGUCCAUCAUGGCCGUGGGCAUUUUGCUCGCAAGCAGAGCAUACAACUUCGAAGCCGCACCUUUUAUCGUAAUCAUGGCCGUGGUCGCUCGUCCGGACGUACAACAACUGGAAGCGGCAUGGAGCGAGCCCAAUCAGCUUGUGCCGGGGAACGAGAAGUUCGAGCCUUUGGGAUUGCUGAAAUGCUAUCGUAUACAUGUAGGACACGAUUAUUUUCCGCAUCAGGGAUAUGCUUGUUACUUGUCGAGGGAGCUGGGCCAGGGAGCUCGCCUUUGGAGAUGCGAGCGAGGUGGCCUCCUCAAGUGGAUGGUCACUCGGCCUGCUGAGGUCCGGGCCGUGGCAGUGUCCUUGACCGGCCGGCUGAGGUUUGGGUUUCUGGUUGUCCAGGCCCGGAUGCUCUCCGGAGCACAAGUCUGGUCCGGCACGUACCCGGCCGAGCAAGACGUGAAAGUGUCGGCUGUGAGCACCGCCAUCCGGCACAGCAUGCUGGUGGCUGGUCGCAUCCAGUCGACACACGUGUUGAAGGUCAUGGGCCACAAGCUCCUUGUCCACGGCCGCAAGAUUUGGAGCUGCAACUGGUCCAAGACCAUGGCAGCCAAGAAGCUGCCCAAGAAACGGCUUUUUCGAAAGACGGAGAGGAAAGAUCGAGUGCUCAGUGCGCAGGUUGUGGAUUCCUGCUUUCCUCUCGCCAUGGCAGCCGCCUUCUUGAACCAGCUCCAUGACAUGCUCCACAAGCAGAAGCCGAUCAUGGGCGAUCACUUCGACGGCAUGCUUGCUGCACAGAAAGACUGUGCCGUGCGAGCCAUCUCCCAACACAAAGUGACCAUGCAAGAGGCCUCUGAGCUGUGCAGCUUGAUCCAGCAAGGGCCCUGGAACGAGAGCCAAAAAAAGGAGCUUGGAAAAGCAGUCUCUAACUCCGUCUCCUCGGGGAUGAUGGCUGCUGAAAAGAAGAAGAAGGGCAACCAGACCCAGGAAGUCGACAACUUCUUCUGCUUUUUGUCAGCUGAAGACAAGCAAGUCCUGGCCGAGGCCAGUGCUGGAGUGCACUCAAGGUGCAAUCACAUCGCCGAGAUCAUGGAGAAGAUGGGCAUGUAUUGGCCAUCGGAGAAGGCGACAGGUCAUAUCGUCUCAACGAUGGCAACAAUGCAGUCAGCUGGCCUUGAGUCUCCUGAUGAUUUUCACGGGGCUGUGAAGAAGCUGAAAACCAUCAUCAAAAGCAGGCUCAAAAAGAACAAGGAUGCCAAGGACAACGAAUUUGUGGCCGUGUACAAGGAGCCAGCCUUGUUGCCCGAGAUCUACCGCAGUCACUUUGAAAAGGCUGAAGCAGGCGAGCUCCCUGCUUCGAGCCUUGUUGCCCAUGGUCCUCUGCGAGGCAGUCACAAGUCCCUCAGCAGCAGCAGCAGCAUCGUUGGCAACAACAUGAUGAAUCACAGCCUGAUGAAGAAGAUGAUGGCCGACGGCAACGGCAUGAGCAUGAUGGGACUGAUGAGCUGCAUGUCGACAUGCAUGCAGCAGUUUCAGCAGCAGUCCAGCAGCUCGCAACUGCCAGGCUUCAAGUUGUUGGGAAAAGCCGGCGGCGACGAAACCAGUCCAAAUCGGGCUACAAGCAUGAUGGCGACGACGAGCCCACCGCACGACUCUCCAGAGUCCAGCCAUCGUGUUUCAAGCCCGGUGCAGCCUCAUCAUCAGCAGCUUGCUGUGGCCGCAUGCCCGGUGCAGCCUCAUCAGCAGCAGCUUGCUGUGGCCGCAUGCCCGGUGCAGCCUCACGAUCAGCAGCUUGCUGUGCCCAAGGCUGGGCAGGAGCCUGUGGGUCCGGCCGAGCAGGCUCGUCAGAUGCUUGCUGCAUGGAAUGCCAACAAAACACCAGCAGAGGGAGAUGAGGAAGAUGAGGAGACUGAGAAGCCCCGGAAAAAGCCUGCCGCAAAGCUCCAGCAGACGAAGAGUGUGCAGCCGAAGAAGAAGCCGGCAGCGAAGGCGAAGUCGCAGUCCCAGCCCAAGCUGAGCAUCAAGAAUCUGAGCAUGAGCAAGAGGUUGAAAUUGAAAGUUUUCACCACCCAAAGAGCCCUCGCUCAGAUCCUGAAGGAGAUUCGUGAGCUGGAUGAGCUACCUGCAGCUACAGGCCGGAGCUCGGUGAAAAGAGCUCGUGAAGAACUGCUGCAUGAUCAUGCUACCCCUUAUGGGCCCAUCUACAUCGAGCCCACACUUCAGAAGGAAGACGGCACCGAUGUUACAAUUCCGAUUUUGAGUCCAGCUGCAAUGCUGGCUUGGGCAUGCGAGCACUGUGCAGCCUUCGGCCAGCUCGUGCAGAAGCAAAUGGCACUGAAGCCGCCGACCUACGAGAAGCCUUGGACUCUGAUUUGGUAUUCGGACGAAAUCGCACCGGGCAAUCAACUGAAGCACGUGAACAUCGGCUGUCCCCCUCUGUUUGCCGAUCUUGGCAUACUAAUCUCCGACGAAGCUGCUAUAAAGCAAACCCUCUGCAACAAGGGUGCUUCUGGACUCGUGUUCUGUGUGCACUGCCAGAAUGCAGUCGACCACAAGUCGCACGUUGCUGCCAGCAGUCGGGGCACACAAGUAUCCAGCCUGGAGACCGACAUUUCCAGAUUUCGUCGCCAGACGAAGGAGUCCAUCAAAGCCUAUAUGGACUACCUCGCUGAGCAGAAGCCCUUGCAGACCAAGACAAAGUUCGAAAAGCUGCAGACUGCCCUGGGUUUUAACUUUAAACCAAUGGGCUUACUGGCCCAUGCAGCCUAUGGCCCCAAGCUGAUAGACUGCAUUAUGUUCGACUGGAUGCACGUCUACCUGGUCUCAGGGCUGUUCAAUGUGCUGACAGGGCUUUUCCUUGGAGACCUCCAUCACAAUGGCUGGAAGCACAACGACAUUGAGCGGUUCGCAAGGACUUUCACAUGGCCUGCACGUCUGCGAGGUGCUGCCCCGAAGGAUGUGUUGCAAAAGAGAGGAUCCUACAGUGAUCCUCUCAAGUGCAGUGCAUCGGAGGCUCUGAACUUCCUGCAGGUGCUGCGAACCUAUCUUGUGCUCUGGGUGCUGCCGCAAUGCAACGACGACAUGAGAAACUCAUGCGAGGUUUGGUUGGCGAUGUGCAAAGUCCUCGAUGCUUUGCAAAAGAUCGCCAUAGGAGAUCCUUUCCCUGCAGUCCAACUGCAAGUCUUGGUGAAAGGCCAUCAACGAAGAAAUCCCUCCCUUCGCAACACAAUUCCGCAAAAUUGUCAUUGCCAACCCCUUUACCCCCUCUGGAAGCAAGGCGGCGCGCAGACCCACAUGAUGCAUGUGCUUGAGCGUGGAGGCUAA